AUGGGAGGUGCUGUUAAGCACGGGUAUGGGUACCUAUCACCUGCGGCACCGAAGUACCGAACUAUUUCCCCUCAUCCGGCCCGGACAGAGAAGAGCAUCGCGCUUGACAUCGCGGAGCUGGCGGACAACCUCCAGCUCGAGCCCAAUUUCCACCUCAUCGGCUUCUCCAUGGGCGACGAGAUCAUGUGGAGCUGCCUCAAGCACAUCCCACACAGGCUCGCCGGCGUGGCGAUUCUUGCCCCGGUGGGCAACUUCUGGUGGUCCGGCUUCCCGCCGGACGUCGUCAAGAAGGCCUGGCGCGUGCAGUUUCCGCAAGACCAGCGCGCGGUCUGGGUCGCUCACCACCUGCCGUGGCUGACGCACUGGUGGAACACCCAGAAGCUGUUCCGCGGCUCCAGCGUCAAGGACGGCGACCCCGCCAUCUUAUCCAGGGAGGACAGGCUUCUAGUUCACAAGUUCAUGGAGCGAACCUAUCAGGAGCAGGUCCAGCAGCAGGGAGAGCACGACUCGCUGCACCGCGACAUGAGGGUGGGUUUCGGGAAGUGGGACUGGAGCCCCCUGGAGAUGGAGAACCCGUUCGCCGGCGCCGCCCAAGGCGAGGUGAAAAAGGUGCACCUGUGGCACGGCGUCGAGGACCUCUACGUGCCGGUUCAGCUGUCGCGGUACAUCAGCAAGAGGCUCCCAUGGGUCAUCUACCAUGAGCUCCCGACGGCCGGCCACCUGUUCCCGGUCGCCGACGGGAUGCCGGACGCUAUCGUCAGGUCACUUCUGCUGGGAGACGAGUAA